UCGCAUUUCGCCAGAAAUCUUGCGGUUAUGUGAUCAGAUGCGACCUGGCACCAGCAUCAACGUGGGCCAUUUCAAAACCACCUAUUGCGACCUGGAUCUCGCCACGAGGUUAUUGAAGAACUGCAACAGGUAGGCUGGCUUCAAAGAGCAUUGGAACUGCCACGUGCGAAGGCCCGGCUGAGCCACUCCCGCUUUAUCUACGUUAGUCUGAAGAAGAAUGCACCAUGUGCUUCCAGAACACGUUCAGACAUGUCUCAGUCUAUAAUAGCUCUCUUGGGAAGCAGGCUUGACGAUAGCGAACGAACACACUACAGCAUCAUAGCCCUACGGAGUGAGAGCGAGCGCCUUGCCAUGCUCUCCCUAGAUUCCGCAGCAGCGUAUAAAUAACAUGACAAACUGUCCCAUACUCACCGCUAAACUUCCCAUUUUGAAAAAACGACAAGAGCUUCUCACAUCAUCUCCAGAAGAACAAAAACAACACAAACUCCUCCUCAAAUCUCCACCGAUCUCAAAGGGAAAAUCAUGCAAUUCCCCAUCAUCCUCACUGCUGCGGCCAUCUUCGCCGCCACCGGCCUUUGUGAUCGCAUAGUACACUGCACCGUAACCAACAUGGGCGCAGGAAACGUCAAAUACAACAACUGUUCACCCGCCGACCGACAAGCAUGUUUCCAGCGUUGCCAGUCCGAUUGCGGUUUCGACUAUCGUCUAUGGGACGCUUCCGCGGAUCCUGCAUCUGGAAAUUGCGAUUGUUGGUGUCCUUGCUCUCAGAAUUGCGGUUCGGAUGGUUUUGGGGAUAAUCAAUUGAAGAGAUCAGCAGAAGCAGAAGCAGAAGCAGAGUCGCUUCCUGUUGCUGUUGCUGUUGCUGCUGCUGGUGUUCCAGAGGGUCACUCGAGAGGAAUUGAACUUGAAUCGGGUUCUGCGAAUUAAGUAAGGUUGUUGGGAUGAUUGAUAGAUUUUGGAAAGAAUUUGAGAGAGGU